AGGCGGCCCGCCGCGGCGGCCCGAGCGCUGGCCGCGCGCGGCGUGCCGGCGGCGAGCGCCGCCGCCGCCGAGCUGCCUGGCGAGCUGAGGCACCAGUACUUUGCCCUCCGCCACGGAGAGUCGGAGGCGAACGUGGCCGGCAUCAUCAUCUCCGACCCCGCCGUCGGGACGGCCAAGUACGGCCUCACGCCGGCGGGCCGCGAGGCGGUCGCCCUGUCGGCGGGGGCCUUCGCAGCCGAGGCGGAGGGCAGGGGGGAGCUCGGCGGCAGCCUGCUGGUCGUGGCCAGCGACUUCCGGCGGACGUGCGAGACCGCGGAGGUGUUCAUCGAGGCGCUCCGGCCUCGCCUGAGCCAGGCCGGUGGCUCCGUCGAGAUGCGGAGGGCGGAGGGGCUGCGCGAGAGGUGGUUCGGGGAGCUGGAGGGGGGGCCCAACACGGCCUACGAGGAGGUCUGGUCGCACGACCGAGAGGACCCGUCCUCCCGGCCGCGGCGGGCGGAGAGCGCCCUGUCGGUGGUGGCGCGCACAGUGGCCCUGGUGCGGCGCCUGGAGAAGGAGGAGCUGC